UUGAAUUUUCAGUGAUCGCGUUCCUCUCUCUAUCUCCCUCUCUCCUACCAUUGCUGUUCAACAUACUCCUCUGUUUUAUUACUUUUAAUACAGUGCGGGGGGUUUUGUGUUUGGAGUGUGCGUGUGUGUUGGUGUGUGUCUGAAAUAUUUUUCUCCAACUUUCGUAUUUGUGAUUGUUUUAAUAAAAGCCGCCAAAAUUGGUCGUCUUACGAAAACUUCAUUUGUUUUAAGUGACCUCAGGGACGACGACAUGGGUUUCGGUUCACGCAUGGACUGCUGCGGGCAGUUUGUCAAAUACAGUUUAUUCGUUUCGAAUUUUAUUAUAUUUGUGGGCGGUGCUACUGUUUUCUGCUUAAGUUUAUGGACCUUGGUUGAUCGUAGUUUUAUGAAUGAGUUAUUGGGUACAAAUCUAUUUUCGGGAGCCGUUUAUGUUCUACUCGUUACCUCGGUGGCCAUAUGUUUGUUAUCGUUUUUGGGUUGUGUGGGAGCGGGCAAAGAGGUUAAGUGUCUGCUGUUAACGUACUUUAUCAUUGUGGCUCUGGUGUUUGUGACCAUGUUAAUCGGCGGUAUUUUAGGCUAUGUAUUUCGGGAAAGGGUUCAGCAGACCAUGCGACAGGAAAUGCGUUCCUCUAUGGCUUUAUAUGGCAGUCGUCGUGACAUUACCCAGGCCUGGGAUCAAACUCAAGAACGUCUCCAAUGCUGUGGUGUUGACACCUGGCAUGAUUGGAAUCGUUUUGGUCCCAUACCCGAGUCAUGUUGUCAGGAAAUCUUUGGUGGUCAACGUAAGGAGUGUACUAUAUUCCCUACUAUAACGAAUCUAUAUAGCCAAGGAUGUUUGUACGUUACCUCGAAUUACAUCAGAGAUCAUGCGGCCAUUAUAGGAGGUACCUCUAUAGCGGUGGCUAUAAUAAUGAUCUUUGGCAUGGUCUUUUCUUGUCUUCUAUUUAACAUGAUUGAAUAGUCAAGAUUUAAGUAUUUUUUUGUUCUUAUGUAUUACGCUCUUUCUUUAUGUUAAAUUUUUUGGUAAAAAAUAUUUUUAAAUUUGUAAAAAAAUAUGAAAUUUAUUAUCUAUAUAAAAUAGUUUAUAAAAUGUAAGACAGGUAAUGCUAAAAGAGAGCAUUGGCUAUAUUUAAAGGCAGACUAUAGACAAGGCUAUAGUUCAGACUAUUGAUAUAGUUGAGGCUAUAUAGAAGACUAAAGUCAAGAUUAAAAAUAAGGCUAUACAUUAGCUAAAGUUGGCAUACUACUAUAUGCAUAAGACUAUUGUCAAGACUAAUUAGACUUGUUAAUAGUCCAGACUAUGACCUUACCUAGUCCGAACUAUAGUCGUGUAUAUAAUUCAGACUAUAACUUUCUAUGGUUCCGACAAUAGACUUUUCUAUAGCCCAAACUAUAGUCUUAGUCCAGACUAUAGUCACCGUCUUGUCUUUAAUCCAGACUAUAGACUUUUCUAUGGU